GUGCGGUAUAAAGGGGAGUCUUGAUGACCGGGCUUCCAUGGUCUCGGGGGGCUUCACUCUACUCAGAGGGGCGGUGCACUUCUCCAGACCCCUCCCGCCCCCAAAAGCCGCUCCGCAAACAGUGACCGGCAGGCAGACUGCGAGUCAGGCGCUCCUUCCACAUCCAGCAGCCGCAGCUGCAUCCCAUGCCCGCAGCCUCUCCGGGAUAGAGCGCCGUCGAUCAAGCAGCGUCCGUGAGUCCGUCAGGCUGGAGGUCCGCAGCGGUCGGCCGAACAUGCUGGAGAACGGGAGGAAGGUGUACAAGGAGGGUCUGCUGGAGAAGCGGAGCGACGGGCUGCUGCAGCUCUGGAAGAAGAAGCACUGCGUCCUGACCGAGGAAGGCGUGCUGCUGCUGCCGCCCAAGCAGCACGAUCACCCGCAGCAGCAGCACGGCGGCGGCGGCGGCGACACGGGCAGAGUCAAGGAGCUCCACUUCGCCAACAUGAAGACGGUGGACUGCGUGGAGCGGAAAGGCAAGUACGUCUACUUCACCGUUGUCAUGACGGAGGGGAAGGAGAUCGACUUCAGGUGCCCGCAGGACGAGGGCUGGAACGCGGAGAUCACCUUGCAGAUGGUCCAGUACAAGAACCGCCAGGCGAUCCUGGCCGUCAAGUCCACUCGGCAGAAGCAGCAGCUGCUCGUCGUGCAGAUGCCCGGGCAGAAGACCGUCCGCAGUGCCCCGAGCGUGGCGUGACCCGCGGGGGGAAACCCACGCACCGGCGCGCCUUCAGCGGUGAAUUUGACACUCAGCCGAGGAAGACAAUGAACCCAGGCUUCAUCUCCCCCUGCUGCUGCCUCACCAAGCUCCAUUGUCCAGGAGAACUGAACACCCCACACCCCAAGUCAUGAUGUGGUCUCCACACACCAGCCCUCCUUGACCCCCCACUCCUCUUUUCAGUACAGAGACUUGCUUCACAAAAGACUGAUGGACAAAAAGCAUGUGAGAAAACAUCUGUAUUCUACCGUGCAAUGGGUUUCGUCCCUUAUUUAUUAGAUGUGUAUAUAUAUUUUUUUAUACAUAUAUAUCUAUAUAUAUAUAAAAGAAAAAAAAAAGUCUGAAUGUCAAGUGUGAGAGUCACUGGAGGUGAGCAUUCGGUCGACUUGGACUAUCUAACAGACUGGAACCUCGAGGGAACGUUUGGUGACGUUCCCUAAAGGUUACGAAGCCUGAAACUUUCAAGAGACGAUGAUGAGGGAAGUCUGGCCCGGCGACACGCCGCUCCUUCCUGUGGCUUUUAGGGAGCGUUCUCUCAACGUUCCCCAGGGUGGAUGCUGUGUGUUAGUUGAACCAGCUCCUUAUGGAUAAGACGUGUCAAUGCUUCUGGUUUUAUUUUCUAACAGAGCCAAAGACUCAUUUGAUACAUUUCUCUUGUUGCACAGUGUUUCCUCUCACUUCACUAAACAUGUACAGAUCGAGAAAAUGAUCGCGCUCAGCGGAUUGAUGGUUGUUUUUAUAUGCUUGAUUUCGAUGGUGUAUUUUAGUGUUUCCAUUGUGUGCUUCGAUGGCUUUCCGCAACUUUAUUUCGCUACAUUUGUAAAUUGAAGGGAAAGCUGUUGCUAUGUUCUUAAGUGAUGGGUGUACUCUGGCUUUUUAACCAUGGACAAUAGAGUUAAGGUGAACAUUUUAAAAACUGAGCUGCUUCAGAGACCAUUUCAAUGCUUGGAUUAAAUCUUAGUGGAAACAUAACAUCAAAUUAAAUGCAGUUAGACCUCGACUGAUCAGAACUACACCAGAAUUGUCACAAUCAGCAAAAUAGUUGUCAUGUCAUGAGGCUUGUUGUUCCUCUGAUUGGGAGAUUUGGCCAAAGCUCGUUUUCUCAGCUAUAGAAACUAGGAAUUUAUUGAAAUAAGUUAGCGUCUGAGCGAUGCGUUCGGGUUGUAGGCUGAAGUUGGAAUUUUGACUUGGUAAAUCAAAGGUUUCCAAUUAGCUUGUUCUUGGCUAUCUCAUAGUAUUAAUUAAAAAAAUGAAUUGUUCAAACACAAGAGUGUGAUUAGGUCCGACAUGAAAGAGUAAAACUUCAAAAUAGUGGUGCAUGAAUACACAAUAGGGUAAGAAUUGGCAAUUGAGCAAAGUUUGCUAUUUAUGAAACUGUCACUUUUUGUUUUUCUUUCAGAACGUAGCUGUGCAGCCAGCUAAUCUAACAUCCUAGCUGUUUGAUUUGGUAGCUUACCAGUAAAUGUCUGUCAACAAUCUGAGUGACAAUCUGUAUUGUCCAACAAGCUGUUUUUUGACAGUGUUGCUGUUGGUUGUUUGGCCAAAUACUACGCUAAAAGCUAUUAGCUUGGACUGCAAUUUUCUAUCCAGCAAUGCCAUUAGCCUUAACAACAAACACAGCGAUGGGCAAAUUUCACUUGGUUUUGAACGGAUUGCAUUUGUAGAACCAUUUUGCUAUAAAGCAAAUUGCUGCCUAGCCAGCCAACAUUUAGCUUGCCAACUAUUUGGUGCCGGUUCCUCAAAUCGGUGUGCUAACUCUGCUUCAUAGCACUCCUGGUGUGACAGGAUCCUAAAUAACAGCAUCAUAAUACAAGAUGACAAAAUCAUUCUAUAAUAUUGCUUUUUUGAUCGGUUACAACAGGAAGAAGUUUUCCUGCUCUCUAUAAUUUAACCUCUUUACACCAUCUUUCAAGUUGCCUCAUGCUGAUAAGUAGCAAUAUACUGAUUACUCAUAAUUUGAUCCAGAUGGCUUUUGAAUGACUCAAAUAACAGAACAGCGACCAUCGAAUAAAAAUGUAAGAUUUGAGUGAUUGCGAAAAGAAGGACACAACUAUCCAAAUUAGUCUCUGUUACAGCUCAGUUUUUGAAUGUUUGGAAAGACUUCUGUGCUUAACAGACUGAAGGCACGGGAGAGUUUCUAUGAGUACGAAAACGUACUGACGCAUGUUAAGGUGGCGGUGCAGAGCAACAGUCAGAGCCACGUCUCAAUCAGAGGCUUCAGAAAUGUCCUGUGCUUCCAGCAGGACGUAUUUUAUCUCGCUGUGGCUCGUGACGUUUCCUCUUUCCUGGGCGGGUCUCCCACCGCUCACCAGCGUACCACAGUUAAUCCGGCACAUGCCUCUGUGUUGCUGUCAUCCUCCACACAGGGCCAGAGCCGUGCCCUUUAUCUGACGCGGCCCGACAUGCCUUCCCGUUUUCAUCAUUCCGCACUGUUAGGAACCACUGUCCAAUUUCUUAUUUCCACGGAGAUUUAUUUUCAUACCUCGAAAAGAUACAUUCCAUUAAA